AUGGCACAAUUGACCUCCUUGUACAAAAGCCUCCCAGCGCGCGCCCUUUUGUGUCGCGACUGUUUAUGGGCUAGAACACUAAAGUCGGCUUUUCCUCAACGAAGAUGGGUCGGCACGAAAUUCAUGGCUAAGCUGGUGGCUGCGGAUGAAGACUGGAGGCACAUGGCACAGGAGAUUUCCCAGGGAAGGAGGACGCAUAUAUUUGACGAGUUCGAGGAACGGGGCUUCGUUAAGGAUGUCGUGGGGACUCGUCAACAUAUCAAAGAGACGAUGCGGAGAAAACGCAUAGGCGCCUACUGCGGUGUCGACCCAACCGCCCCCUCUUUGCACCUCGGCCACCUGGUGGCGUUCAUGCCCAUCUUCUGGAUGUACCUGCAUGGCUUUGGCUCCUUUAUACUGAUCGGAGGCUCCACUGCCAAAAUCGGAGACCCCACGGGCAGGACGGAAUCUCGCCCGGAAAUACGCUCUGCCCAGCUGGUACAGAACCUCGCGAGCAUACAAUACCAACUCAAGGCGGUCUGGGAACACGUCGAAGAAAAUGGGCGGAGGUUUGGUUUCAAGAGGGAUUGGGCCUGGAGGCGAGGCGUCAUUAACAACAAUGCGUGGUGGAAUAAACUUCCCAUGUUGGAUGUCUUGAAACGGUUGGGGUCUCAAGUGAGGCUUGGCCCGAUGCUUGGACGCGACAAUGUCAAGAAGAGGAUUGAUGACGGCACUGGAAUGUCCUUUGCUGAAUUCUCCUAUCCUCUGAUGCAGGCCUGGGAUUGGUAUGAGCUUUUCAAGCAGCGUACUGUCCAGUUGCAGAUUGGAGGCUCUGAUCAGUACGGCAACAUCCUCACCGGUGCCCAAGCUGUCAAAUACUGCAUCGAAAACGAGCCCGACCCAGCCAAGAAGCUGCCUCAUGGGGAAUUUGACCAGCCUAUCGGUUUCACGGUACCGCUUCUCACAGACUCCGCCGGUACCAAGUUUGGAAAAAGCGCAGGAAAUGCUAUCUGGCUUGACCCUUUUAAGACAUCCCCCUUCGACAUGUAUGGUUACCUGGUGAGAAGACCCGAUGAUGACGUCGAACGGCUAUUAAAACUCCUCACCUUUUUCCCUCUGAGCGACAUCGCCAAGUUCAUGGAGGAGCACAAGACCAACCCGCCGAAGCGAGUUGCGCAGCAUCUUCUAGCCUAUGAGGUGACGGCCCUCGUUCACGGCACCCAGGUUGCUCAGCGCACACAAGCCGAACAUCGAACGAGAUACGGUGGCAACAAAGACAUACCACUCAAUACGGGGCAGAUCGAACAAUCCAAUGAGCAGUACCAAGCUGUACAGGGCCACCCAACGACAAUCGACAACCGGCCUCGGAUCGACCAGAAGCUGCCCUACAGCAUAGUUGAAAUGUCUCUUGCGCGCAUCGUCUUUGCCGCCGGACUUGCGACCAGCGUCUCGGAUGCUGACCGCACCAUCAAGAACGGCGGCAUCUACAUAGGCGGAGCCCCCGGGCAGAAAGGUCAUGUCAACAAGGGCAUGAAUCCCGAGCAGCUGAUGUUCACCCCCGUCACGACUUGGCCCAACGCGGCCAACAGGAACUUCCUGAUCGAUGACAAGAUCCUGCUGCUGCGCAAGGGAAAGCACAACCUGCGAUGCAUCGAGCUCAUCAGCGACGACGAGUGGGCCAAGAGCGGGAAGGAGUAUCCAGGGCAGCCGUUUACUGGUGCGUUCCGCAAGGCUAUGUCGAAGGUACGGCAUAUGGUCGAGGAGGCGAGGAUGAAGAAGGCGAACGAAGGAGGCAUGAUUAGCCCAGAGGAUGUGGUUGAUGUAUCGCAGUUGCCUGCCCCAACCCAAGCCGUCACCCACCUUGCUGCUGGUGCCGGGUGCCGCUCCUCGAUGGUCUGCUGA